UGCUUGUUCAGAUUAACCAGCAACAGAUUGAUUCAUUGAGCUAACAAUCAAGCAAAGCCCGCUAUCAAUCCAGCCCAGACGCACAGCAGUACAGGCGUGCUGUCACUGGGAAGUGGGAGAAGCUGAUGUGACAGAUGCCUCCGCUGGUCGACUGGCAUUGCCCUGGCACUGAGACUGGCAUUGCAGAAUCGCUGACAGACGACUGAAGACUUCAGUUUGGGCACACAGGGGCUCCCUGUGCAGUGACCGCACCAGGACUGCAGACUCACAGCCAGUAGCGAUGAGAGUGAGGAGCAAAUAUGCAAUUAUUCUGUUUUUUGUUGCUGCUCUUGUGAUCAUCGAGAAAGAAAACAAUAUUAUUUCAAGGGUUUCCGACAAGCUAACGUUGAAAUUCCCGCCGGUUGACUUGGUGGGGUUUAACAGCAGCAUUUCAGCCCGGGCCCUGACGGAGAAUGACUCCCUUCUCGCUGGCACCAGCUCGUUUGUGCUGAACUGCGCAUCGCCACGGGCGGCCGUCAAGUGGGAGGACUUGGGUGGGCCUUCGGGCAGGAGGCACCUCAUCCUGAUGGCGACGACCAGGACCGGCUCGUCCUUUGUGGGCGAGUUCUUCAACCAGAACAGCGACAUCUUCUACCUCUUCGAGCCCCUGUGGCACGUGGAGAGGACGGUGACAUUUGAGCCGAAGGGCGCCAACGCGGUGGCCUCGUCCAUCGUCUACCGCGACGUGGUGCAGCAGCUGCUGCUGUGCGACCUGUACGUGCUGGAGAACUUCCUGCUGCCCAUGCCCGAGCGCCACGUCACCGCCUUCCUCUUCCGGCGCGGCUCCAGCCGCUCACUGUGCGAGGGCGCGGUCUGCACGCCGCCCAAGCGUGGGGGCGGCGGCUCCAGUGAGCGCUUCCCGUGCCGCCUGCGCCGCUGCGGCCUCCUCAACCUGACGCUGGCGACGCAGGCCUGCCGCCAGAAGCAGCACGUGGCCAUGAAGACGGUGCGCCUGCGGCAGCUGGAGUUCCUGCGGCCGCUGGUGGAGGACCUGCGUAUCGACCUGCGGGUCAUCCAGCUGGUGCGCGACCCCCGCGCCGUGCUGGCCUCCCGCAUGGUGGCCUUCCCCGGCAAGUACGAGGCCUGGAAGAAGUGGGCCGAUCAGGGGGUGGUGCCCGAUGACGAGGAGCUCGCCAAGCUGCGCGGCAACUGCGAGAGCCUGCGGGCGUCGGCCCAGCUAGGCCUCAGCCAGCCCGCCUGGCUCAAGGACCGCUUCCUGCUGAUGCGCUAUGAGGACGUCGCCCUGGAGCCCGUGAAGCGAGCCCACGAGAUGUACCGCUUCGCCGGCAUCUCCAUCACCCCGGAGGUCAAGAAGUGGAUCCACAUCAACACCCAGAGCUCUCCCGGCAGUGACAACCUCUACUCGACGCACAAGAACUCCUCGGAGCAGUUCGAGAAGUGGCGGCUCGCCCUGCCCUUCAAGAUCGCCGAGGUGGUCCAGAAGGUGUGCGAGCCCACCAUGAAGCUCUUCGGCUACAAGCUGGUCAGGGACGCGGAGACUCUGGCCAACCGCUCCGCCAGCCUGCUGGAAGACAGGAGACACUUUGGGAUGGCUUAA